GUAAUACGACAAGAAUAUUAUCCUUUAUUAGAAGUCAAAGAAGAGAACGCAUUUGCUGACUUACCCGAAGAUAUUCGUACCUCUAUUAAAAAUUUGAAUUCCUAUACUUGUGAAUUAAUUACCACUAAUGCUAGUCCGCAAGAUGAUAAUCAAGUUCACGAACAAGAAUCUGUUACAAUUAGUUCAAAUGAAUUCUCACUGGAUUCUGUCGAUGAUAAUCAAGAUUUAAUCUU